UUUUAAAUUAUCGAUGCAUCGAUAUUUCCCUUGUCUUUUUUCCACCUCUACCGCACGUGUGCUUUUGGUUAUUUUCUACAAAUAUCUGGAUUUCCGAACGGUCCAUGCAAAAAGUUGAAGAUAAACUCAUUCGCCGCCAGGCGAAUGAACCUCGGCGGCAGUUUCUGGAGGAGGAACAGUACAAGGAGCUGGGGUCAGGCAGGGCUGCACGUGAAUGCUGUGGCGAUGCUUUUUGGGACUUCGAUGGCCACACCGACGAGGCCUGGAUGAUGCAGUGUCCCAAGGGUACAGAUCCACAUCUGCUAGCCGACAAGCGCAUAAAGCUGCCCGGCAGGAAGAGCGUGGGAGAUCUCCAGGUGCGUGCCGUCAAAAGCUCGACGCUGCAAACCGAGGCAGUGGGCUAUGUGAGCUCCAAGGGUAUCUAUGCACUCCGGAAAAUACCCCUUGUCGGCUAUGUGGUAGUCAGCAAACGUCUAUAUAAUAAGCAACCGCCAACCGGUCAGAAGGAUCAGCUCAUUCCCGCUGAUGAAACGCCACACAAGUACCUAUUACGAGUUCGCCAUCCCUUGUUCGGGCGCAGCUACAAGCAUCGCAUCCAAUUACCAAAGAUGAUUUCCAUGUCUCUUAGUCAAGCGGACGAAAAAAACCUACAUGCCACUGCCAGGCUGUGGCGCACUGCUAACUACUACAAUAUCCGCAGCAAGCUGCACACCACCACUCUAACGCUAAAACAAAAAGAAAACGAUGUGCGGCAGUCGGUGCUUACCGGGCGCACGCCACAGUUCAUGAAUGCAACAAUUAUCCCUGUUCUCUAUAAGGACCUUUUUACCGAAGAGGAUAUAGAUAAAAAAGUACUGAGCAAGGCAGACGGUUCCGCCAAAAAGCGCAAAAAAAAAUUUAAUUUAGACGGACACAAAAAUGGGGAUAUACAGGAGGAAGAUGACAUCGCCUACAGGAAAAAAAAGAAGCGUAAAUCAAAUGAUGAAAGCAAAAGCCGCUAAUGAACUGAACGAAGCAAUAUAAGUAAAUGCACAGUGGAGGUUUCUCGGAGACGCCACCGCGAAAGCGCAAGAAGCUGAAGUACGUCCCUAAGUUAAUGUUUAAAUAAGAUAAAUUUACUUAUGUAAUUAAAUAAAAACUUACAUUCAAACUUAAUUUAGUACAUAAAGUGGAAUAUCAAAAAGGGAG